AUGGAAGGACGAUCUAGAGGAUAUUCGUUGCGGACGCAACUAUUCAAUAAGAAGCUUGUGGACAAGCUCAAGGGAGAUUCGGAGGAGAUAGAGAUGGCUGGAGAAAAUGGGGAGUUGGGAUCGGUUAGAAGCGAGAGUGGUAAGGUAGCGAAGAAGUCGCAGUCACGGAAACGUCUUGGUUUGAGGACUAAAAUCAUGGAUCUGCUGCUCAAUAGGACGACGUACUUGAAUACAGAGAACGGACGAGUGCUUCCGAUCUGCUUGGACAAGAGUUCUGUGGUUUAUCAGCAGUUUGCUCGCGAUGGGGUACUUAUUGACGAACGAACUGACAAGGCGUACUGUAAUAACGUUAUUACUUCGUCGCGAUACACCUUGUACUCGUUUUUGCCCCGGCAAUUGUACGCGCAGUUUUCAAAGUUGGCAAACACGUAUUUCUUCAUUGUGGCAAUCUUGCAGAUGAUUCCAUCGUGGUCCACCACAGGUACAUACACAACGAUCGUGCCAUUGUGUAUCUUCAUGGGUAUUUCGAUGGCUCGAGAAGCAUGGGACGAUUUCAGGAGACAUAUGUUGGACAGAGAGGAGAACAACAAAACGGCAAAGGUCUUGGUUAUGGGCCAAGACGACAACUACAGCAAUGGUAAGUACAAACCAUACGAAGGUGCAGAUUCGCUGUAUUCCCUCUCGAACGUUUCCACACGGUCGACAGAAGCAAUCCUAGGCGAGUUUCACGUCAGGCCGACUGGCCCUAAUCAUGAGCCGGACCCGGCUUAUACGGACCAUUUUACGAACUUCAACCUUCUUCGCUCUCAAUUUGAUAUACACGUAAGAAAGAAAGAGUGGAAGGACCUAAAGGUGGGAGAGUUCGUCUUGCUUAAUUCGGACGAUUGGGUCCCCGCAGAUAUCUUGUUGCUAUCCACCGAUGGAGAGAAUAAUGAAAUAUUUGUCGAAACAAUGGCUUUGGACGGGGAAACUAAUCUAAAGAGCAAGCAUCCUCUUCCAGAACUCUCAAAACGCAUGACCUCGGCUACUGGUCUAAGCAUGCAUAAUGCCAAGGCUACACUAGAAAACCCGAACAGAGAUCUAUACAAUUUUGAAGGUACAGUGGAUAUCGAUGGCACUUUGUAUCCAGUGGGUUCCGAAAACGUCAUAUACCGUGGUAGCAUAAUCAGAAACACGAAAAACGUCGUCGGCAUCGUUGUAUUUACCGGAGAAGAGACCAAGAUUAGAAUGAAUGCCAUUAAAAACCCUAGGACAAAGGCCCCAAAACUACAAGGUAAAAUUAAUAUGAUUGUGAUGUUCAUGGUUGUGAUAGUGGCCUCUAUGGCAUUGUUCUCCUAUCUUGGUCAACGAAUAAUAAAGAAAAAUUAUGUCGAUAAUAAUAGGGCGUGGUACUUGUUUCAACAAGAUGCAGGAACUGCUCCAACAAUCAUGUCCUUCAUUAUCAUGUAUAACACUUUGAUUCCCUUAUCAUUGUACGUCACCACGGAAAUCAUCAAAGCUAUGCAGAGUAAAUUGAUGGAAUGGGAUAUUGAUAUGUACCAUAUUGAGUCCAACACACCAUGUGAAUCCAGGACGGCUACGAUUCUUGAAGAAUUGGGCCAGGUCUCGUAUGUGUUUAGUGAUAAAACCGGUACUUUGACAGAUAACAAAAUGAUCUUUAGAAAAUUCUCCGUAUGUGGUUCCUCGUGGGUGCAUGAAGUGGACGAGGAUGUCUUAAAUUCCCCAGACAACGACAUUGAUGUGAUCUCUAUCAAGGAUAGGAGCUUUUUAAACAACUUUGAUCUUUAUUCAACGCCUUCUAUCAACGCAAGAACAUCUAUCGAAUACAAAGGUAACUCUUCUGCAACUUACACAGGACGUCCAUCAAUGGCAGCACAAAUCCAGAGACAUGAGCUGGCCCAGGAUUUGGGUAGGAUGGCUACUAACAGUUCUUCUGGAAGCAAAGAUAAUGGUGGUCUUAAGACAACUGUCGAAUUUCUUCUUCAUAUUCAACAAAAUCCUAAUACUUCUUUUGCUAGGAAAGCUAAACUAUUCAUUCUUUCUUUAGCAUUAUGUCACACAUGUUUGCCAAAGAAAUCCGCUGACAACCCAGAUUCUAUAGAGUACCAAUCAUCAUCACCCGAUGAAUUGGCUCUAGUUACAGCUGCAAGAGAUAUGGGUUACAUUGUCUCGAAUAGAAACGCCAAUAUAUUAACGAUUACUACCUAUCCUAAUGGCUUUGAAAACCCACCUGUAAGCGAAGAUUUUGAAGUUUUGGACUAUAUCCAUUUUGAUUCGCACAGGAAAAGAAUGUCUAUCUUGGUCAAACUGCCUGGUGAUAAUGCAAAAGUUUUGCUCAUAUGCAAAGGUGCAGAUAAUGUCAUCCUCGAACGUCUAAGGAAUGCAGAGCUUGCCCAAGCUAAGUUAAUUCAACAGCAAACUCUGGUUGAGCAGAGAAAAUUGGAAGAAGCUGAAAUGGUUUUGCAUCAGCGAAAGUCAUUGGAGCAGUCUAUCCUAAAAGAUUCUCGUGGUUCUACUCUCAGAUCACAAACAUCACAAAACAGACCUAGUAUAUCUACUCUGAAAUUAGAAGUAGCGAGAAAAAGUUUGUCCCGUAAAGGUACUGUUCGAACAGAGGCAGACUUGCAAAUCAAUUCAAUAGAUGACUUUUUGUCUAAUGUUGAACAUGAAGAAGCACAGAUUGAAAAUAUCAGGCACAACGCCAGAAGAUCAAUUCAGUCGCAACAGAGAGAGAAAUACAAUAGUGAUCCAGAUUCAAAAUCUGGUGAGGAGUCCGUGCAGGAUUAUAUUGGUGAUGACAAACUAAUACAAAAUGAAGAGUAUGUCUUAGAGAAAACAUUAAAUGCCAUUGAUGAUUUUUCAACAGAAGGUUUAAGAACUUUGUUGUAUAGUUAUAAGUGGUUGUCGCACGAUGAGUAUAAAGCCUGGGCAAAUAAAUAUCAUGAAGCCAAAACUUCGUUGGUUGAUCGUUCAAAGCAGAUGGCAGAGGUGGGAGAACAAAUUGAGGUUAAUCUAGAAUUGCUAGGUGCUACUGCUAUUGAAGACAAAUUACAAGAAGGUGUUCCAGAAGCUAUCGAAAAACUAAGGAGGGCUGGUAUCAAAAUGUGGAUGUUAACCGGUGAUAAGCGUGAAACAGCAAUCAACAUUGGGUAUGCCUGUAAGUUAAUAUACGACUACUCUACUGUUGUCAUAUUGAGGCAUAAUGAUGAAAAUUUGAUUUCAAAAAUGACCGCUAUUGAAGAAGAACUAGAUCAUGGAAAGGUAGCACAUUGCGUUUUAGUCAUUGACGGGGCCACCUUAGCAGUUUUCGAAAACAAUCCGACAAUGAUGAGCGUUUUUAUUGAAUUGUGUACUAAAGCAGCAUCUGUCAUUUGUUGUCGGGCUUCUCCAUCUCAAAAAGCAUUGAUUGUUACUAACAUUAGACAAAAUAACAAAAAACUAGUUACUUUGGCUAUCGGAGAUGGUGCAAAUGAUAUUGCUAUGAUUCAAUCUGCUGAUAUUGGUGUUGGUAUUACUGGUAAAGAGGGUUUACAAGCAUCUCGGUCUUCAGAUUAUUCUAUAGCGCAAUUCAGGUUUUUACUAAAACUCUUAUUGGUACACGGCAGAUACAACUAUGUUCGAACAUCAAAGUUUGUGCUUUGUACAUUCUAUAAGGAAGUGAUGUUUUAUUUGACCCAAAUGAUUUUCCAGAGACAAAGUAUGUUUUCGGGUACCUCAUUAUACGAACCUUGGUCUUUGUCUAUGUUCAAUACCCUAUUUACGUCAUUGCCUGUUCUUUGUAUUGGUAUGUUUGAGAAGGACUUGAAGCCAAUGACGUUGUUAGCGGUCCCUGAAUUAUACACUAUGGGUCAAAAUUGUGAAGCGUUCAACUUGAAACUAUUUUUGAUAUGGAUGUUCGCUUCUGCAGGGCUCUCGGUCUUCAUAACAUUUUUAAACUUUGAAAUAUGGGGAUUUACGGCACAAUCUGAUAAUACAUUAUAUCCAAUUGGUGUGAUAAACUACACCGCUAUAAUGGUUCUCAUAAACGUUAAGUGUCAAAUGAUUGAGACCAGAAAUAGAAAUUGGUUGGCAUUUGCAUCACUAUUGAUAGAAACCAUAGGUUGGAUAUUUUGGUGCAUGUUCUUGCCAGCUAUAUAUGCUGAUAAACCUAUUUACGAUGUUCCAGUCGGUCUUUAUCAUCAAUUUGGUAAAGAUGUGACAUGGUGGGCAAGUUGUUUGGUUUUAAUAUUUUGUCCAGUGAUGUUAGACAUAAUACUUCAAACCUUCCGUUUAAUGAUAUGGCCAACGGAUGCAGAUAUAUUUGCAGAAUUAGAACAAAGGGAUGAUAUUAGAAAGAAAUUGGAAUACGCAGCAUUUAAUGAAUUGCAUCAAAGUUGGACAAUGAAAAAAGAUCCAAGCAGCGUCAAAAAGUAUGCCAAAAAGAUUUUGCAUAAGAGUGUCGACGAUGUUGAACCUGAUAUUGAAAAUAGUGUUGGAAAUGACGAUGAAAAUUCCAAUUAUAAUACAUCUGAUAGAUACGAUAAAAACUUUAAUGCGGAAGAAUACGAAAUGCUACCUAGUGGUAAAUUGAUUAGAAAAAAAGAAACAUUAAAAGCGGGCCUUAAAUCGAAGAUCACUAAGAAACUGAGAUUCAAACUCAAUUCCAAGCCUGACGAUGAUGAAAUUGAUCAGAUAAUUGAGAACAGAAUGAAGGAUUUAGAGUAG